ACCUUCGUGCACAGCCCGCGGCCUGAGGACAUGUGAGACUUGAACGCACCAACUUCCUGUUCACGACUGCACCCGAGCCACCGGAAUCCAUCCCCUUCUCAUAACACCAGACCCAGCAAAGCACCAUGUCCCUUACGCGUAGCGACCUCAAGCCCAUCAAAGUCUGGGGCAAGGGCGGCCCGAACCCUCCCAAGGUGGCCAUCCUGCUCGAGGAACUCGGGGUGCCGUACGAAGCAGUCUUUGUCCCCCUCGCCGACCUCAAGAAGCCCGAGUACACAGCCAUCAACCCCAACGGCCGGCUGCCAUCCAUCUACGACCCCAACACGGGCCUGACCCUGUGGGAGUCGGGCGCCAUCAUCGAGUACCUCGUCGAAAAGUACGACACGGACCACAAGCUGUCCUUCCCCGCCGGCUCGCCCGAGUCGUAUCUCGCCAAGCAGUACCUGUUCUUCCAGGUGUCGGGCCAGGGUCCUUACUACGGCCAGGCGGCGUGGUUCAAGAAGUUCCACGACGAGCAGCUGCCGAGCGCCAUCGCCCGCUAUGUUGCCGAGGUCAACCGCGUGACGGGCGUGCUGGAGGGGAUUCUCAAGAAGAAGGCCGAGGCAGGCGGCACGGGGCCUUGGCUGGUUGGGGACAAGUACUCGUUUGCUGACAUGGCUUUUGUCUCAUGGCAGACGGUCGUCGUCAAGGUUAUCGGCCCGGAGGAGUAUAAUCUGGACGAUUACCCGUAUGUCAAGGGGUGGAUGGAUCGGAUGCUGGCGAGGCCGGCGGUGCAGGCAGGGUUGGACCAGGGUGGUAAGAUGUCGUAGAGGGCCAGACAUGUUGUUGAGAUUUUUGCAGUCGACGACGGGAGAUAGGUGACCCAUCUUGCAGUGGAAUUGCCGUCGUCUCUGGCUAGACAUUGCUAGAUGAACUGAGCUUGGGUCUGAACAUCUUUAUUUUAAACACCAAUAUUGCUCGAUCGGGCCCUGUCUGCCUGCCCAAGUUCCUGAACGCCGCC